AUGGAUAAACAGAGAUUUUUAUAUGUUUCUGAUUAUAAGAAGCAUGAAGUGAGACGAUGGAAAAUGGGCGAAUAUGACGAUGAAGGGAUCGUAGUAGCAGGUGGAAAUGGAGAAGGAAUUCAACUCAAUCAACUCAAUAAUCCUACUUAUAUCUUUGUUGAUGAAGAUCAAUCUGUUUAUGUAUCAGAUACUGGGAAUCAUCGUGUGAUGAAAUGGAGAAAAGAUACAAAAGAAGGAACAAUUGUGGCUGGAGGAAAUGGUUUUGGAGAAAAUCUUAAUCAACUGUGUUCACCUAAAGGAAUCAUUGUUGAUUAUUUGGGUGACAUAUAUGUGGUAGAUUGUUGGAAUCAUCGAGUAAUGCGUUGGUGUGAAGGGAAAGAAGAAGGUGAAAUUAUUGUUGGUGGAAAUGGUAAAGGAAGUCAAUCAAACCAACUGAAUUAUCCGAUAGGUUUAUCUAUUGAUGAUGAAAGAAAUCUUUAUGUCGUUGAUUGUUUUAAACACCGAAUUGAGAAAUAUGAAAUAACUUAUUGA